GCCUUGUACGUGGCUUGUAGAAAAGCGAUCCCAACUGUGAGCAGGGGGACUGCUGAGGGGAAUUACGUGUCCUUAACCAGAAUCUUGCGCUGUUCAGAGCAGAGCUUGAUUGAGUUUUUUAACAAGAUGAAAAAAUGGGAAGACAUGGCAAAUCUACCGUCCCAGUUCAGAGAACGAACUGAAAGAUUGGAGAGAAACUUUACUGUUUCUGCUGUAAUCUUUAAGAAGUACGAGCCUAUUUUUCAGGAUAUUUUCAGAUAUCCUCAAGAAGAUCAACCUCGUCAACAGAGAGGAAGAAAACAGAGGCGACAGCCAUGCACAGUGUCUGAAGUUUUCCAGUUUUGUUGGGUGCUGUUUGUUCAUGCAAAAGGUAAUUUUCCUAUGAUCAGUGAUGACUUAGUCAAUUCCUACCAUCUCCUGUUGUGUGCUUUGGAUCUGGUGUAUGGAAAUGCUCUCCAGUGUCCUAAUCGCAAAGAACUUUUGAAUCUUGAUUUUAAAGGUCUACCUGAAGAUUUUCAUAAUAAGGAUUAUAAAGUAUCCUCUGAUCCCCCCUGCAUCAUUGAAAAGUUGUGUUCAUUACAUUACGGAUUAGUUUUGGAAGCAAAAGGUAUAAAGGAACAUUUUUGGAAGCCAUAUAUUCGGAAACUUUUUGAUAAAAAGCUUUUAAAAGGAAAAGAAGAAAAUCUGACAGGAUUUCUGGAUCCUGGAAACUUUGCAGAUAGCUUCAAAGCCAUCAACAAGGCCUAUGAGGAAUAUGUUUUGUCAGUAGGAAAUCUGGAUGAGCGGAUAUUUCUUGGGGAGGAUGCAGAUGAGGAAAUUGGAACUCUCACAAGGUGCUUAAAUACAAGUUCAGGAAUAGAAACAGCUGAAAGAGUGCAAGUGAAGCACAACCUGCAGCAGCAUUUUGACAGGUCAAAAUCACUCCGGAUUACCACUCCGCUCACUGGCCGCAAGUAUAUUAAAGAGAGCAACCCGUAUGUGACCCCGGUUUCCAUAGCAACAUAUAGCCUGAGCCGCCUUCAUACAAUGCUGGCAGGGCUGAAAAAUGCCCCCAGUGAAAACCUGGAGCAAAUUCUUAGAGCCUGUUCCAGGGAUCCUUCUCAAUCUAUUGCAAACAGAGUAAAAGAAAUGUAUGAAGUGUACUGCCAGUGCAUGCAGUCGGAAGGAGAAUUCAGCAAUUUCUCCAAAGAUGUUGCCAGUAAGCAUUUUCGUCGUGCUGAGGUGUUGUACUACAAGGUACUGGAAUCAGUCAUUGAGCAAGAGAGGAGGAGAUUGGGAGACACCGACUUAUCUGCAAUACUGGAGCAAGAUGUGUUUCACAGAUCUCUGCUGGCAUGUUGCCUUGAGAUCAUCACCUUUACCUAUAAGCCACCCGGAAACUUCCCAUUCAUCACUGAAAUAUUUGACAUUCCUGUUUAUCAUUUUUAUAAGGUAAUUGAAGUUUUUAUUAGAGCAGAAGAUGGUCUUUGUCGGGAAAUAGUAAAACACCUUAAUCACAUCGAAGAACAGAUCUUGGAAAGCAUGGCAUGGAAACAGGACUCUAUAUUGUGGGACAGAAUCAAAGAUAAUGAAAACAAAGUUCCCAGCUGUGAAGAGGUAAUGCCACCUCACUAUUUUGAAAGAGCAGCUGGGAACAGUGUUGUGGAUUCUCCCUUGACACCGAGGAGAAUAACGGAGGUUCGUGCUGAAGGCGGAGGACUAGGAAAAGGCCUUUCAUCUUCUCCAACUACUCUGUAUGACAGAUACAGUUCUCCGACAGCCAAUCCCACCCGGAGACGGCUCUUUGUGGACAACGACAGCGGCUCCGAGGGCGGCACCCCGGUGCGAGUGCCCCCGCAGCCCGUGGUGAACCCGGUGCCCAACAUGAGUCCCGACACCGUGUCCGUGACGCCCGUGCCCGGCCAGACGCUGGUGACGGUGGCAACCGCCACCGUGACCGCCAAUAAUGGGCAGACGGUGACGAUACCCGUGCAAGGUAUCGCCAAUGAAAAUGGAGGAAUUACCUUCUUCCCAGUGCAGGUAAACGUAGGCACUCAGCCCCAAGCCGUGUCCGGUUCCAUUCAGCCGCUCAGUGCCCAGUCCCUCGCUGGUCCCCUCAACCCUCAGAUGACUGGGGCAACGCUGCAGCUACCAGGCCAGGUCACAGUGCAGCAGCUCCCUGGAGAGCAGAGACCAACCCAGCAAUUUGCCACCACCAGCACCGCUAGACCACGGAAGAUGGGUUCACUGUCCCUCUUCUUUAGGAAGGUCUAUCAUUUAGCUAGUGUUCGCCUGCGGGAUCUCUGUGUCAAGCUGGAUAUAUCCGAUGAGCUGCGGAAAAAGAUCUGGACCUGCUUCGAGUUUUCCUUGGUUCACUGCCCCGAGAUGAUGAUGGACAGACACCUGGACCAGCUGCUCAUGUGCGCUGUCUACGUGAUGGCUAAGGUUACCAAGGAAGACAGAUCAUUUCAGAACAUCAUGCGCUGCUACCGGACACAGCCGCAAGCCAAGAGUCACGUCUAUCGGAGCGUCCUGAUAAAAGGCCGGAGACGACGACGAUGCUCCGGCAGCAGCGACAGCGGGAGCCAGCAGAACUCGCCUACAGACAGAAGUAAAGAGAAAAACAAAGAGCGAAGCAGCAGAGACUCGAGCCCGGUGAUGCGCUCGAGCAGCACCCUGCCCGUCCCGCACCCCGGCAGCGCCCCCCCGACGCCCACCCGCCUCACGGGCGCCAACAGCGACACCGAGGAGGAGGAGCGAGGGGACCUCAUCCAGUUCUACAACAACAUCUACAUCGAGCACAUCAAGGACUUUGCCCUCAAGUAUACUUCAACUACGGGCGAUUCUCCCCCGCUCUCUCCCUACCCCUUCGUGCGAGUCGGCUCCCCGCGCAGAGUGCAGCUCUCCCAGCACCACCCCGUGUACAUCUCACCACACAAGAACGAGUCUGCGCUCUCUCCGCGGGAGAAAAUAUUCUAUUAUUUCAGCAGCAGCCCAUCGAAGAGGCUAAAGGAAAUUAACAGCAUGAUCAGAACAGGAGAGACUCCGACCAAGAAGCGAGGCAUCCUGCUGGAGGACGGUACCGAGGCGCCCGCCAAGCGGAUCUGCCAGGAAAACCACACGGCCCUGCUGCGGCGGCUGCAGGACGUAGCCAACGACAGGGGCUCUCACUGA